UUGACAGAGCACUGGAGUGAAGGGAUUGGGUAGGAAUUGUUACAACUAACUGGUAGUUGGCUUUUGAUAUUAAAAACUGAAAAUGUGCUGUUAUGUGUGUUUUUAGCAGUUGGACCAGCUAGCGAGCAAUACACUGGAAGGUAGUAAUUGUCAGAUCUGGCGGGUUUGAGACGGGGAUCCUGCUGGCGUGUAUAGCCAAAGGGGAGAGCUACAAUGCUGUGCUGGGGAAAUGCUUCCUACGGACAGUUAGGCUUGGGUGGGAUUGAUGAAGAGAUUGUGGUUGAGCCACGAAAAUGUGAGUUCUUUCACGGGAAGCAAGUGUGUGAUGUGGGGUGUGGCCACAGACACACAGCCUUCGUGCUGGAGGAUGGGACAGUAUACACCUGUGGCUGCAAUGACCUCGGGCAGCUGGGACAUGAGAAGUCCAGAAAGAAACCAGAACAGGUUGUGGCUCUGGAUGCACAGAUCAUAGUGGCGGUGUCAUGUGGAGAGUCCCAUACAGUCGCCCUGAAUGACAAAGGGCAGCUUUUCUCAUGGGGUCUGGGCUCAGAUGGGCAGUUGGGUCUAAAUAACUUUGAAGAAUGUGUUCGUGUGCCUAGAAACAUCAAGAGUUUGUCAGAUGUACAAAUUGCUCAGGUAGCCUGUGGGUAUUGGCACUCCCAUGCACUUUCAAGAGGGGGCCAAGUCUUCUCUUGGGGCCAGAAUCGAUAUGGACAACUUGGGAUAGGAAUAAACGGACAGAGCAUUUCCACACCCCAAAUCAUUCAGUCUCUGCAGGGCAUUCCUUUUGCUCAGAUAUCAGCAGGUGGUGCUCACAGCUUUGCCCUCACUCUCUCAGGAGCGGUGUUUGGCUGGGGGCGCAACAAGUUUGGCCAGCUGGGUCUCAAUGACAGCAAUGAUCGGUCUUUCCCAGCCCUGCUGAAGUCCCUUAGAUCGCAGAGAGUGAUUUACAUCUCUUGUGGAGAAGAUCACACAGCAGCACUGACCAAGGAAGGAGGUGUGUUUACAUUCGGAGCAGGAGGAUACGGACAACUUGGACAUAACUCUACAAACCAUGAAAUCAACCCUAGAAAAGUGUUUGAGCUCAUGGGAAAUGUAGUUACGCAGAUUUCAUGUGGAAGGCAGCACACGUUGGCUUUCACACCCUCCUCUGGAAAGAUGGACUCAUUUGGGCUUGGUGGUAACGGGCAGCUUGGUACUCGCUCCACUUGCAACAGGAAAAGCCCCGCCCCCGUCAAAGGCCCCUGGGUAGCCUCCAAUGCCUCAACGAAUACAGACUCGGAGCAGGGCUGUUGUGUCAAGAGGAUUUAUGCUGGAGGAGACCAGAGCUUUGCUCACUAUUGCACUGCCAAUAACCUAGAACAGAACAUAGAUGACGUAAGGAUACAAGAUCCCCACAGAAAGAUUUGCACCUUGAAUGAGGAUAUCAUUCAAAAAUGGUUGAACCACUCACCAGGAAGAGUCCCACUGGAAAUCUCCAAUGAGAUUGACCUCGUGUUCUCCACAGCAAGCUGCCUCAAUGGAUCCUUUCUGUCAACGAGUCAUCCAGAUCACUACAGUACCAGCAGCAAAUGUUCAGGGGUGGAUAUGAACAUGGCUCGCCUCCUGUUUCACAGAGUGGUCCAACAAGAUCACCCUGAGAUCGCUCAGCAGAUUGCUGCCAGUCUGGAGAAGAACCUAAUUCCCAGACUAGGCAACUCUCCUCCAGACAUUGAAGCCCUGAGACUCUACCUCACUCUUCCAGAAUGCCCUCUCUUCAGUGACCGAAAUAAUUACGUGACUAUCGCUAUCCCAUUUGCCAAAUCCCUCAUCAGCCUGAAAGAGGCUCCACUGAAGGUGCUAGGAAACUGGUGGUCUACAUUUGAGCCCCCAGUCUUCCAGCGGCUGGUUGAGUUGUACAAGGAAGUGGUGGUGUAUCUGCUUCAGAUGCACAAGGUGGGCAUUCCUUCAGAAGAGCAGAGAAUUUUCACCUGUUUCCUGGACACGUCCCUCCGACUCCUGGAAAUCCUGCACGCGGUGAGUGAGAGAGCAGGACACAUCAUUCAGUACGAUAAAUUCUACAUCCAUGAGUUGGAUAACCUGAUAGACAUCAGAAAUGACUACGUCACAUGGAUUCAGAGGCAGAUGUACCCAAUGGGUCAUGAUGGUGUGGUGACUCUGUGCAGGUAUCCCUUUGUAUUUGAUGCCCAAGCGAAGACAACACUGCUUCAAACGGAUGCUGUCAUACAGAUGCAGAUGGCAGUGGAUCAGGCACAGAUGCAAAACUUCAGCUCCAUGUUCCUGCCAGCAGUGGAAUCCGUCAACCCAUGCCUCAUCCUCAUUGUUCGGAGGGAAAAUAUUGUUGGAGACACCAUGGAAGUCCUCAGGAAGUCCAAGAAUGUUGACUACAAGAAACCACUCAAGGUGAUCUUCGUGGGAGAAGAGGCCGUCGAUGCAGGAGGCGUGAGAAAGGAGUUCUUCCUCCUGAUCAUGAAAGAGCUGCUGGAUCCCAAAUAUGGGAUGUUUCGUUACUACGAGGAGUCCAGGCUCAUCUGGUUUUCAAACAAGACCUUUGAGGACAUUGACUUGUUCAACCUCAUCGGGAUCAUCUGUGGUCUGGCCAUCUACAAUCUCACUAUAGUGGAGCUCCACUUCCCGGUGGCCCUUUACAAGAAGCUUCUGAAGAGGAAGCCAACACUAGAUGACCUGAAAGAGCUAAUGCCAGAUGUGGGAAGGAGUCUGCAGCAGUUACUGGACUACACAGAAGAUGACCUUGAGGAAACCUUUUGCUUGAACUUCACAAUCACAGAGGAAAACUAUGGUGCCACAGAGGUCUUGGAACUUGUACCAAAUGGCGAAGACAUCAAUGUCAAUAAAACAAACAGGCAGGACUUUGUCAGUGCAUACGUAGACUAUGUUUUCAACUCAUCAGUGGCCCCGCUGUUUGAGUGCUUCUAUGCAGGCUUCCAUAAGGUGUGCGGUGGAAAGGUUCUAGAGCUGUUCCAGCCUAAUGAACUGCAAGCCAUGGUCAUUGGCAACACCAACUAUGACUGGACGGAGCUCCAAAAGAGUACUGAAUACAAAGGGGAGUACUGGACAGACCAUCCCACCAUCAGGCUCUUCUGGGAAGUGUUCCACGAUCUUCCUUUAGAGAAGAAAAAACAGUUUCUGUUGUUCCUCACAGGAAGUGACCGCAUACCCAUCUUGGGCAUGAAAAGCCUGAAGCUGGUGAUCCAGCCCACCGGUGGAGGGGAGCAUUACUUACCUGUGGCCCACACCUGCUUCAACCUGCUGGACCUGCCCAAGUACACGAGUCUAGAAACACUCCGUGAGAAACUUCUACAGGCUAUAGAUCACAAUCAAGGCUUUAAUCUUGCCUGAUAGUACACAGAAAUGCCUAGAACUCGAUGUCCAGACUGUUGAUGGCAACCACAUUCCCAAAUGUUUUGCUUCGCAGACUUGAAUCCUGCUGUAAGAAUUGAACACUGGGUGGAAAGAGGAGGAGGCCACAUGAUACUAGAAAUGAUUAAGAGUUGGAUGUCUAGACUUUCACGUUAAUCUUGACUUUGAUUUUCCAGCUUUUUUCCAUGCCAUCACAAUAUUUAAUGCCCUAUUACAAGUCCAUUCACAUUUGAUAUUGCUCUUGUAGAUAUGCUUUUAUUCAAGUUUGGAUAUGACAAGUAUGAUGGAGCAAACUACUGGUAUACACACCACAGGGCAUGCAUACAGCAACAUAAACACCUGUAAAAUCUAAUGAAAUGCAGUAGCACUACCUUUCUGAAGCUUAUAAUGUAACGGCAUAGUGAGAUGUGUCUGUCUUAUGUCUAUACUGGUGGAGAGAUUUAUCUGAAACACUUCAAAAUAUGAUGUAAUCCAAACACUGGCCUCAAAAUGACCAGAUUUAAAUCAACAUCCUCUCUGAAAGGGUCUCAAUAAAAAUGUGAUAUUUUAAGCUCCAUUGUGGUAGUAGUUGCUGCAUGGCUACUGCAGUGAAUCUGUGUAUUUUACAGGAGUUAGUGAUGUUGUGUCCACCCUCUGUGCAUUAACUGUUUGAACCCAGACAAUGUAGACUAACUCUCUUUAUGUUUGACAUAAGUUCUGUUGUAACAUUUGAUUGAGAGCAGGGCAAAUUGUUUGCUUUAGAUCCUGAGUGGAUUUUCUUGGCUGUAAGCCUUAAACAAUCCACAAAUAAAAACAAAGUGCAGCCACUGAAAUAAAUGUGAGUUAAUUUGGGGAUAAAAUACUGUCCUGUUUUAUGCAUUUUUAAAGUACUGUCUUCUGGA